UCGUUGUUUACUACCGUUCACUACGCGAUUUUCUUCUUUUUUUUCUGAAUUUGUUGCAGAUUUAUAUAUCUGCAUUUACCCGGCUAUUUCAGACGACACCCAACGAGAAAGGACCAUGCUCGCCUUGGUCCACCCUUUCAAUCCAUCGUCCGACGUGGCGCACCGAACCCCCUCCUCGUCGUCCCGCUCCCGCCCCUCGACUCACCGAAAAUCGUCGUCUUCAAACCACUCGUCCUCGUCGUCGACUUCAACGUCUUCUUCGACGUCAGCAUCGACGUCCAAACACUUGCCACCGUCGACCUCGACCUCCACACGCCAUGUACCACCACCACCACCGCUGCGUCGGCAAGCCUCACGACACCCUUCGCCGCCGCGUGCAGCACGACUUCCCUCGCCCCAGCCACCGGCACCGCCGCCCCAGCCGUCGCCACAGGCCCAGCCAUCGUCGUUCGACAUCCAUUCCUAUCCCUCCCCUGAGUUGCUCAGACUUCUCGCUUCGUUGCUCACACAGAUUGCUGCUACAAACGAUAACCUCGACCAUGCCUCAUCGUCUUCAGACCCUUUUCUUGGACAGUCACCAUCGCCAACAGCAGCCGUAGACCAUCUGCCGAUAUGGAACACGCUGACUUCUGCUUCACGGGCAGCACUCUCAACUCCUUCGUCGACUCUCACCUUCCAUGCACGAAAUAUCCCUACCAUUACCCUUGAAGCAUACCUUUUGCGCAUUCUCAAAUACUGUCCAACGACCAACGAAGUCUUUCUAUCUCUCCUGGUCUAUUUUGAUCGCAUGUCCAAACUGAGCGCAGAUGCCACCGGCCGCUCUUUCGUCAUUGAUUCAUACAACAUACACAGGCUAGUUAUCGCAGGUGUAACUGUAGCCAGCAAAUUCUUCAGUGAUGUAUUCUACACCAACUCCCGGUAUGCCAAGGUUGGAGGUCUGCCACUGGCUGAGCUCAACCAACUCGAGCUCCAAUUCCUUCUGCUAAAUGACUUUCGAUUGGUCAUCCCCGGCGAUGAAAUGCAACGUUACGCCGAGCAACUAAUCAUCUUUUCCUCCGAUUCUUCUCCGCCGUCAUCCUCUUCAUCCGCCUCAACCGCCGCUGUUCCGACACAUGCCAUGGGUGCCAUAGAUGCUUUUGGCGCCCGUGUUCACGAUCACCCACAAGCAGCUGCAUCAUAUCACCGACACGGGCCACCCGAAUCGGAGGAAGAACCCGAGACGGAGACAGAGACGGAGACGGAGACAGAAACUGAUGGAGGCUGGACGACUGAUGACGAACCUACAAUACGACCAGCGCAUUCGUCCGCAGGGUCGGAAGAUUCGCGGAGCAUUUGUAGUGCGCAAGAAGAUGAUGCAGGAGACAUCGAGAUGGACACAACGGUUGGUGAGAAGACGCCUGAACACAUUGCCAAGGGUGAGGACGGUGAGCGGACACCGGACCGGCAUUUUAGAAAAGUGCCUGCAGAUGAGAUAAUGGCGAGCCCGUAGAAAACUUCCGCCUUUCACCUUUGUCGUUUGUCGUUCUUGUAAGUUUCUUAUAGAAUUCGUACUGUGCCAUCAAAUAAUGGAAGUAUACCCACAUGCGCAUGAAAAUUCGAGCUGACACUUUUAGUGGUAUAAUAUUGUACUUAUGAUGCUAAAUAGCUAUAGGGUAUCGCUUCUAAAUGUAAACUUUUCGGUAUG